UUGAGGGAUCGGGAUCGCAGUGUAACACUGUGUCCGUUGCAUUUUCAGAGACUCGGAUUCGCGGGAUUCCAAGAAGCACUUUCUUCCUUGCCUGGAUUGUUUUAGCAAGCGAGUACGAUGCGUUUCUACGUGGUGCACAGCAUCGGUAUUCUGGGAUUCUUAUCCUUUUUUGCAUUUCAAGGACUGCCGGUUAGAAGCGUGGACUUCUCCAGGGGGACGGACAACAUCACCAUCAGGCAGGGAAACACGGCUAUCCUCAGGUGCUAUGUUGAUGACAGGAUCUCAAAGGUUGCCUGGCUGAACAGAUCCAAUAUUAUUUUUGCUGGAAAUGACAAAUGGUCCUUGGACCCUCGAGUUACUCUAUUGACCAGCGCUCACUUAGAGUAUAGCCUUCAGAUUCAGCAAGUGGAUGUAUCCGAUGAAGGUCCUUACACAUGCUCAGUGCAGACCCAGCACCAUCCUAAGACCUAUCAAGUGCAUCUGAUAGUGCAAGUUCCACCAAAGAUCUACAACAUCUCUUCUAAUAUCACCGUCAAUGAAGGCAGCAAUGUCACUCUUGUGUGCUUAGCUAAUGGAAGACCAGAACCUGUCAUAAAUUGGAGACAUAUUUCCCCUUCAGCCAAGGAAAUUGAAGAGGAAGAGGAAUAUCUGGAAAUCUUCAUGAUCAACAGGUACCAAGCAGGUGCUUACCAAUGCAAAGCUGCCAAUGAAGUUGCUUCUGCUGAUGAGAAACAAGUCCACAUCACUGUCAAUUAUGCCCCUGCUAUUAAAUAUGCCCAGAGUGCAGACGUUGCGGUGGGGCGUACUGGGAUGCUUCACUGCGAGGUUUCUGCUGUCCCACCAGCAGAUUUUGAGUGGUACAAGGAAGACAAGCGGAUAUAUAACAGCUCGCAAGGCAUCCAAAUCCAGAACAUGGAGAGUCGGUCCAGUCUCAUUGUCACCAAUGCCACGGAGGACCACUAUGGCAACUAUACGUGCGUGGCAGGCAACAAACUGGGAGUUACCAAUGCAAGCAUAUUUCUAUACAAAAGUAUCCUGCCAACUAUUCCAAACCCCGUUCCAGUCUCGGGCAGAGCAGUUGCCAUACCAACCCAUGAAACACCCUGCCAGGAAGCUUCAAACAGAGCAAAUAGAAACCACUGUGCACUCAAAACAAAGAGGACCAGGUUCCAUGCGAGACUCAGGCACUGGAUUAGCAGGUGUCACCAUAUCACUGUGGCUGCUAGCAGCAACUCUAGUUUGUCUAAUUUACAAAUGUUAAUAAUAUGAAAACUGACCGCAAGGAAAGAGGAGAUUAUUUGUAUUUCAAGAUGGUGCAUGACACCGCACAAAAAACAUAUUGCUAGAAAAGCUUUUAGAAUAGAAAAAGGUCAAGGGUGUAUUAGAUACAAAAUGAUCGACAUUUGCUCAUGAGUUUCAAAUAUUGUGUAAAAAGAAUUUUUUUCUCCUCUGUCAUUUUUGCUAAUGUUUACAUUCACACGGAUCUAACCCUUUGUUUUGGGUCUGAAUGAUGACAUAUAAUUAGCUCAAAACACAACCCUGUAUUCGUUGGUGCCAAGUGACCCAUUCACUAUAUUAUAUUACUGGAGUAAUAUUGGGGGUGAUGUAUGAAGCAAGCUUAUCAUUAAAUGUACUGAUUAUAUAUUAAUGAAUCACCCACAAUAUUUAGGCAUAGACACUGAUGUUCAGCAGUACGGUUCAAAGGGUAAAUUCUUGCUGAAGAAAAUCAAUUUGCUCAAAAAAAGGAAUGCAAUUCCGAUGGCGCCCUUUUCUUCAAUAAUGUGCUUAACCUAGUUUUUAAAAAUUGCAAAGCUUGUGGAAUAUUUUCAAACUAUUGGUUGAAGUAAAAAUGUCAUUAACGGUCUGCCCUAUCUAACCUGUGUAAAAAAAAGACAUAUACUUACCAGAUUAGAGAACUAUGCCUCUGUCACCCAUUAGAGAAUAAACUAUUAAAAAAUGUGUUUAGGUUCUCUUGAUUUCUGUUGGGGAAAUAUCCAUUUGGUCAUGGAUUUUCAACCAGCGAUAUCAACCAAGACAACAUUAAAGUGAGUCAUUUAGUUAAUUGCAACUCUGACUGAUUUAUCCCGUCACAAUUAUGAAGGACAUUAAAUAAUUUGCAAAGUACAGGUUAUAUAUAAUAACUUGCAAUGGUUUAGACAAUGAUCUGCCUGACUAAUUUUAAAACUCGUGAUAUCAUGGGUCAUGAUGCCCAUGACACCAAUUCAGGUGUUUACUUUUAACACAGUGCUAAAUGGAUUAUAAUUUCAAUUUAUUUAUUAAAAUGUAAAAAAAUCUAACAACUAAAAAUCUUGCCCAUGUAAAAACUUGGACUAUUUUUAAAAACACAAUGUCUGUUUUUGCUUAAAUGUCUGAACACGACUAGAAGAAAAUCAAAGUGGUCAUGUCCUUCAAAUGGGUCCUCUCGGAAGACCAUAGGCUUUGAUGAGAGAAUGUAGAGAGAUUAAAUCUGAGUGUUAUGUGGGUAUUGGUCUGAACUUUGUGGACAGAGGAAAUGAAACAUCAUUGGUCAUAAACUUCUCCUUGUUAAGCUUUAGGUGUAACAUACUAAUUUUAGUUAACAUACACAAGACCCAAUAGCUCUGAACUAACACACAAGACUUUCUAAUAAUCACUGCAGCCACAGAGCAUGCAUGUCACUCCAAAUUCAUAAACAUGUGAUAUGUUCAUGGAAUGAGUCCACAGGGCAUCAAUUCAAUAGGUCAUAAUAGUUGCUUAUCUUUUAAGAGAUAUAAAGCAAAAUUGCAUUUCAGAUGCUAAAAAUUUUUUUUCUAAUUUAUGUCAAUGUAUAUUUGAGAUGGGUGCCCUUAUGUUGCUAGCUUUCGACCAUGCUAGUUUUCCUUGUGACAGUUAGUUGCUCUGUACAUACAUACAAGAUGACUUGGGAGCAGUGGUAGCAUUUUAUCCCACUUUAAUAAGAACUAAUACACUUUUCAGUUCAUAAUGGUCCUAUAACAUGUUGUGGUGCACUGUAACUUUUUUGAAUUUCUCUAUAUAAUCAAUAUUUAGCAUUGCAGUUCUAGAGAUGGAUGUUGGUAAAAGGUGAAAGAAAAUAGACUUUUCAUUUCUAGUGCAAAAGUAAUUCUUUGCUGUGUUCAACAAUAGGAGGAGAUUUUACUGGAAUACUAAAACAGUUUGAAAGAGACUAGUUUAUCUUGUUUGAAAUAAGAUCAAUAUUAUAUACAAAUGGUAAUCUCAAAUUCUGUAUGAAAAAGUUUGCCAUUACACCAGUGGUUUAUUGAUCGAAUGUAAAUCUGAAUGAAGGAGCAAUCCAAAUGGGAGUUACAGUCUCCAACAUGCAACAAUGAGUAUAUUCCUCAAACAGUUCAAUUUGUGAUCAUGAAGCUUAUUUAUAAUCACGAUGAAAAAUGUGCAAAAAACAAUUUAAACAUUUUUUCUGCAAAGAUUGCCCAAAACUGGAUGCAAAUAACUUAUGACAUAACUGUAAAAAAAAAAGCAAAAAAAUUAAAAUGGUGUGUAGUUCUAAUUUGAAUUCUAUAGUUUGAUUUAAUUCCAACGUGGUUCAUGUUUCUAAUGCUGUGAUGGGUUAAGUCUAAUAUUUUGCAAAUUUUUUGGUUUAACGGUUGGUACAGGAUAUGGUUUUUGUACAGCUUUCAUUAAAGAUGGGAUUAGCAUAGAUACUCCACAGAAGCAACUUUACCACAGCUUUUUUCUUUAACACUUUUUUUUAAUAUAAAUUCCCUAGUUGAUGCAGACAUCCUCUCCCUUGUGGGAGGGCUCUACCCUCAGACGUGCAGUUUCCCCCCAUGCCAUUGCCUAAUGAAGGUGUGACUCAGAAUCUGCCAAAUCCUUCCAUCAUCCCUCAAGUAAAAUGUCUCAUCUGUUAAAUGCUUUUCCAAGGAAAGCAAAUCAAAUGAAUGGGAUCCCAUGGCUAUGUACUUAUAAUGACUCUAUGGUUACUCAGUGGCAUUACUGCUUUGAAGCUACCACAUAUUUUCCAACAUUACCACAACUUCAUAUUCAGUGAGUAUCUCCAUUGUGCACGUAAUUCCAUACUGUUUCAGCACACUAGAAUGAUGCAAUCUAGACUGAAGAAAGGCUAUCUAUUGCUGACGAAAACAGUACUGAAACUGAAAUAUGCUGAUAUUUCCAAAGGUGCUCAUAAUAAAUCGUCUGCCUGUUUUAUGUCAUGUCCAAAUUUCGUUGGGUGUGGGUUAGAAUGGUUGCCAAUUCACUACUCUUUUCAUUCUUUAUAAUAGUGUCUGAGAGCAUAGUAUAGCUAAUGGCUAUCUUUUAUUUAUUGUUUAAUGUUUAACUAUUUCAAGGCAGCAAUGUCCUUUUGGCAUCUAUGAAACAGCUUAAUGUCUAAAAAGUGCCAAACACUACAAUACUAAAGCAGAAGCUUAAACAAAAAUGUAAGUGAUUGUUCAGGUUAUCAACUUUGUGAUAAAAUAGAUUUAUAACAAUUAUUGAUGCUUUAUUCCACUGACAUAUUGUUCAGUGGAAAAUCCUUUCUUAUUAAACUAUACACAAGAUAAGAUUUGUAACAUUUAUGUUUCAAUUAUAAUUUUCUUUCUAAAUAAAUAUUUACAGCAGUUUAGGGGUCACCAAAUCAGUUCAUAUGUUGCAGGCACCCUUAAAAGGUGCUACAGUAUACAAAAUCAAAAGCUGAGGGAUUUGUUUUAGUUUCUUUGUCACUGCUUUGAACUGAGGGGAAAGGCCAAAGACCAAUAACUUAAUAUAUUAUGUGUUAUCUCCAUAAAAGCUUGGGGAAUAUUUUUUAUCAGGCAUGAAUGAUGAGUUCGAAAACAAAUAGGUCAGUGAGAUAUUGAUGGGCAGUAAUCUUGGUCCAUUAUCUACUGAACUGUUCAGAGAAUAUUUAAAUCCCAAGCAGAACGUGUUGGUAAAAACAAUAGUUUGCAUUUUCUCUCCCUUGCUGUGAGCAAAACAUUAAUAAAAAGUUACUGAAUUAAGUACUUUACUCACAUUUUAUUUAUUCUCAGCUUUAGAAAUUACAUCAGAAUGAAUAAUUUGGUUCUUUAGUUAAGUUGUGGUAAUGUUGUUUCUGGUGGUCAGUAAUCCCAUGAUGCUCUGCUUGAACUGUGGAGUCUCUGUAAAGUUUUGUGAUUGAAGGAUUGUAUUGUAAAUAUUUCUGUGCAACAAGGAAUAAGCAGGCCUGUAAAAUGCAGAAAGCUGUUUGAAGCAUGCCAUGGCUGAUUGAAUCCUGCUAAUGUCACAUGUUGAGGAAUUUCAGUAAGGCUGGCAGGGAUGGGUCAUUUCUCAAAACUUAACUAUUUAACAAUCAACCCUACUUCAGUAAAGCUAUGAUGAUUAUCUGACUCCUUUGCACUUGAGGAUAAUGUCCCAAAACAACUAAAUUUAAUUUAAAUUGAAUUAUGGUCCAGCCAAGUUCUGUAUCACGUGGGACACGGUCACUGUGCCAAAGACAGCUGAGAUAAGAUUAUCUAUACACUGAAACAAUAAAAAGGAUCUAACUUUUUGAUAACAACAAAUAAAACAUGAGGCAGUAGUGCUUAACAGUGAAUUGUAAGACAUGAUUUACUAGAAUAAGUUUUUAGGACAACUAUUACACUUUGAUAAGGAAUGUUUUCCUAAUCAAUGAGAAAUUUUAGGGCAGGAAUAAUAUAACCAGUAGCACAAUUGAGACUGACAUUUUUCUUAUGAGAGUCACUCGUAAUUUAAAGGUUGACAACAAAAACCUCCUUUGCGUCUGAUUGCAGCAUUAGGAAUGCCUAAGGAGGUGUUCAGUAUAUAAUAAUAUUGUAGGGGUUAGCUCCAUUUUUCCCCCUCCAGCUACCAAAUACCUUGUGUUCUUUCACAUACAUAUCUCUUGCACAUUGCUUCCACUCAAGCCUUUUGUCUCUACCAUUAACACUUCACACCCGGAGAGCCAGAUCAUAAUACAGCAGUGAACUGAGGGACAGCAAAAGAUGGUGAAUGUUUUGUAGAUCAAUACAAAGAACCAUCGGAUCCACAUAUGUGAAUAAAUGAAUACAGAAGAUUACAAUUCCUCUCUACAGUAAUCAUAGCUUCUGCUCCACCCACCCCACACCACUCAUAGUGCAAUUUGCAGUGCAACUGUUGUACAUGUCCAGUGUACUCAGGAUCCUGUCGAUCAUCAAGUAUACUUGGCUUACAUGAAGGUUAGAUACAAACAGAACUAUGUUUUAUUUGCCAGUAAUGUUUUAAGCCACUUUGUUAACAAUAGGUAAUAAUGAUUGAAGUAGCAGUAGUAGGCAAUACAGCUCCUUCAGUCUAUUCUGCCACUGAAAGAUGAUCAUGGCCAAUUUGGUCACUGGCCCUAUUUUCACUCUCCUGCCUAAUCCCAAUAACCCUCAAAACACUCAUGGUGCAAAAUGUAUGAUUCAGCAUUCACAACUCUGAAGAAGAGUACUUCAAAGAUUUACAUCUCUCUAGGAGAAAUUAUUUGUCUCCGUCUUAUAUUGGCAUUACUGCACCAGGAAACUGACUUCCAGGUGUAGAUUCUCCUAACAAUGGAAACAUCCUGGCAUCAUCCGGUAAGCUCCCUCAAAAUCUUGUUUUGAUAAACUCACCUCUCAUUCAAUUAAUUUCUGGGAAACAAAUCAUUCGAUGAUACAAACCCUUCAAACCCAGUUAACUUUCUUGGCACUGCCUCCAAGACAAUUAUAUCCUUCCUUGAAUCAGGAGACCAAAACCAUACACAACCAUAAUAUUACUCCAAUUUGACAACCAAUUCUAAUGUGAUAAUCUCCAAUACGCAAGAGAGGUUCAAAUAGUUUCUUGUAAAAUAUUCUUAUUUUGUCUACUCUUUCAUCUCCUUUUACUCUCAUGCCUAUGUUCAGUGUUAAUUUGAUUUGUAAGAUUUUUUCAUAUUUUUACCUGGUUUAGAGAUGGGCAUAUGUUUAAAACAUGAAGUUUUAAUUUAUUUGUUGAAGCAGAGUAUAUCUGGAGGUCUGACUACUUUUCACCAGAUGCAAGGAAAAAAUAAUCCUAUUCUCCAUUGCUGUCAGCCAAUUACAAUGCAAGGACAAUUAAAUAUAAUUAGGGAACUGACUGGCUUAUUAGACCAGUGGCCCAUAACUAGUAUUUAUUCUACAUGAAAACUGAUGGAAAAUAAUAAAUUGCAAUAAAGGUAUUCUGAGAAUGUAGAAUUAUUUGUGGAAACCUGAACAAUCUCUAGAUUUCAAAUGUUUAGUAUUCUGCACAAAUGCACUGCCUUCAUACUCUCGCCGUUACUUUUUAUGAAUAACCAGAUACUGCAGGAGGUGAAUAUUCAUGUUUUGCAGUGAUGAAUGAACAGCUCCUCUGGAAAAAUAUUGAAAGUUCAGAGUGUCUCUCUCAUGGAGAUCUUAUGGGAUUUCCCCAAUUAGAUACUUGAUUGAGAACAAAUAAAUUGUACCAAAAUUACAUAGUUGAAAUCUGUAUAACAAAAAAUACUUCAAUGUUAUAAUGCUAUGUUUCAAAAACUAAUUUUAGAUCAUACAUCCCUCUUCCCCCACUUGAAAAUAUUAGGCAUGGCUUAUCAAUAAUGAAACACAUAUGAAUGUAUUGCAUCAAUUCUAGUUGACACGAUUCAAAGUUAAAAAUGUGAUUCAUUAUAGAGAGUGCUGUGCUACAGUUCAGCAUGAAAGCAGCUUCAUAAAUGCAAAGUUUUAGUCACUGGUAUCAUCAGCUAUUAAAUCUGAUUGAUCUUAAGAAGGUUUAUAUUAUUUUUUUUACACACUGCUGAGAGCAAUGACUGCACCUGGUUAUUAUAUACCAGUGAGUGAGUAGGACUGUUUUAUUGUUGUUGCUGCAUCUUGAUGGUAAUGCCUGUAUUUGGGUCAUGAAGCAUGCUUGAGAAAGAGAUGCACAUCCUCACAUGCACUGUCACCUCAACGUAGUGUAUGAGCAUUUAUUACAAGUUAUAACCUUAAGUUACGGUUGUCGAGAAAUGUGGGAAAUUUUCUAUUUAAGUGGGUAUAUAAUAUGUUUGAGAGGAACAGUGUGCUAAUGCACUGAUAGGCCCCAAGCAAUUUAUAAGAGACCUCACAGAAAUGACAUUUUUCUCUUUCAAACUGAGCCAUCAGAGUUUUUGAACUGCACAACUUUAAACAAAAGCCCUUUAAUGCUUCUCUCAAAAGAUUAGGUGUAAUAAGUAAAUGCUACCAAUAUCUCCAUUCUGUUGGAAUAUACUGCGGAGUAUCUACAUUUAGGUGAAUAAUUCAGAUGAUGCGGCACAGUGUUUUCAAUUCUGUUAAUUCGAUCUAUGACUCUAAUUUUUGAAAAAAAACAUUUUGUUUGAACAAAUUUGUGUAAAUGCCUCAAGUUUUACAAAACUCAAGGAGAAACCUUUCAAAAGGAUAACAGAUGAGCAUGGUUCACAUUGGCCACUGGUGAUCACUAUAUACCCUGUGGAAAAAGGCCUUACAUUUGCUGGUUUUGUGCCUUACGUUUUUACCAUUUUACAUUUUUUUUAAAACAUAGAUUUAAAAAAAGCUAGUGUAUCACUUACGCUCCAAAUUCACUUUUCACAGCAUUUAUGUGUGAUUUUUGUAAUUCAUGUUAAAGGGGAAUAAGUGAAUUAAAUAUAUUUAGACUAUAGAUGAACCCAAACAAUUUACUCUAUGUAAUCUAAAUCCCUGUUUGAAUAAUGCAGAUCUGGUAAAGAGCUUAUUUCAAAUAACAUGGAUGGACUUGGUCCAAGUGACAAUCUAUCCACAUUGUUUCCUCCACCAGUACAGUCAUCAAUAUCUCCCCAAUCUUUCCCACUGAAUUAUCCAAAGGUAUUCAGAAAACUGCUGAACCAAAGCCUCAGUACUUCCUCAAUCCUAUUCUGAAUGCCAUACAAUCUAUCUGCAGGGCCCCAACGCCAGUUAACAGUGGACCUUAACUUACCCACACAACAGAACACACACAUCUGCAAUCCCUAUGCAUCCCGAAUCAACAUGUACAACAAUCAUGCCUUCAAACUGGAUUUUGCAAUUUUUGUUAGUGUCCCAACCUUGUGCUGUACAUAGCACAAACACCCUUUUGGUGUCUUUAUUUAACAAAAAACAAUCAUGAAACUAGCUAAACAGACAUUUUAAACGGUGUCAGGAAAGUCUGGCAGUUUAGGCCCAUAAACAUAUGCUGAAAUGAGACAUACAUGAUUCCCAGUGGGAUCACACCCAUUGAACAUUUCCAACAAUUUGCUGUGUGCACCAACAUUAAAGGCACCUCUGGGCAAUCGAACUAUAGGCACACAAUGUGGUUUCCGUGGAGGUGACAGAGGCUUCGGGGGAAGGAGACAGCUCCCAGAUAUUGUGGAAGAGACUUGACAGUGGCAUCAGUGAGAUAAAUGUCAUGAGGGAGGUCCUGUACGCCAAGUGGGGUCAGGAAACCCAUUAUGGCCACCAACAGAACAGGCUGGAGGAACUGGCUCCAGCUGUCUCCUCCUGAUAUGAAAAUCCCAACUCAUUCACAAGUAAUUUCAUGUCCUCAUGCAGUGUGUCAGGAUGAGCUGUCCUGCACUGAAAACAAUUGUAACAAGCGAUUUCUGUAAUAAGAUCAUUAAAGUGUUAUAAUCAGUACAGGUGCUCCUGCAAAGGGAGUUUCGUGUAACCUGGGCAUUCUCUCCAAUGAUUAUUAGUAAAUAAUGUUGAUGUUAAGGAUUAGAAUAUGGAGACAAUCACUGCGCCUGGAUUGGGGAACAAUGUUUUUGCAGCUUCAUUAUGAAAAUUGUCUUCCUAUCAGGGAGUCACUUCUAGCCUGUGUGAUCGAUCCCUUUCUCCGAGGCUCAGCUGGGAGGAGAGGGUGUUGCUCUUCUGCUGGCACUUCUGAUAACCUGCCUUGUCCCCUUGCUCUCAUUCAGCCUGAGCCUCAUGUAGGUCAGCUCCAGAUCUGCACACUGCUCUCCCCCGGUGCCAACUGCCAAGAGUGCUAGGUUGUGCUUCCCGUUUCCACAUCGAGUAGCUCAGCUGCUAAUGUUCUGGAGAAACCACUCCUUGUUAGUUCAAGCAGACUCCAUGGACCUUGGGAUUUGUCUGAGCAGCCUGAAGUCAGUUCUGAAGCUGCCCAGUCAAGCUUCUCCAGUGUCAGCAGGGUGUCCCUUUCAGUGACAGAAAAAGCAACCAAGUAAUGUGAUGUGUCCCAGCAAAAAAUGGUGAUCAACAACCAUCUUUGUUGCAUCCUAAAGCUCCAAAUUAUGCUGAAAAGAGUGGAGAGGGGUGUUGACCAAAUAGUGAUGUAGUAAGAUGCAUAUCUAACACCAGAAGAAUGUCAUAUACCCAAAUGAGAAUAGUGCGCAGAAGUACACAACCUAAUUUCCCAGUAAGUGCUAUUUCACUAUCUCCAAGGUAAUCAAAUCUAAACUAAUACUUUUAGGCUCGGUUUUCAUAAAAAAAAGAUGCAAUUCUAUCCAGUUUCAAGGGAUAAGCACCUAAUGCAGCCAAAGCAAUGCUCAAUGCCCCAGAAGUGAUCCCUAAAAUGCAGUGCACAGCAGCAGGGAGAACAGUUCAACAGAAUGUAUUUUUAAAUGGACUCUUGAUUUAUCCACAAUUUGAAGACAACAUAGGUCUAAUUGUUCACAGUUGUGUUUUAUUUAUCUGCCCAUGAAAUGAAAGAAUGAAGUAACUGAUUUUUAGUAAAGCAGUAUUUAGAUCAUUUUUGAAGAAUAUGUUUUACUCCACGUUUAGUUGACAAUAUGUCAAGAUCGAAUAGAAGACAUGUACAAUCUUGAUAAACUCAUUCCACUGGUGAUCAAUACCUUUUGUUCAGGGGCCAUAUUUUCCUAACAGUUCAUUUCUGAACAGUUGGGCUAAACACAAUAUGUAGUCACAUCAGUCUAUUGUACUCUCCCUGAAAAUUGUUUCAUUAGUUUUCAGGACAUCCUCUUUUGGAGGCUUUUUAACCAUAUGAUGGCUAAACAAAAUGGCAAACUUAAACCUGAUAAUUGCCUUCCCCUUUGCAACUCUUUCAUAAGUUGUGCCCUACACUUGCAAUGUAUUUACAACAAAUUGAAAUCAGUAAGAUUAUGACUUGAAGCUGUAAAUAAUUUUGUUAAAACAUUAAAGAAUCUGGAGUCAAAAGGUAAAGUUGUUGAAUGUUCUAUAAUAGUCCAAUUAUCUUGAAGCAUCAUGCAGCCAUAGCUAAUCUAAAGAUUUUCAACAUAAGCCUGUCAUUGGUUGUUGUGAAUGCAAUAUAUUGAUAUGUGUCAAUGUGCCACUCUAAUUGAUCCUGUCUUUCCCCUUUACCAACUUGGUCAACGCAUUCCAGUAGCAGUAACAAACACACACCCAUUUAAGACACACUUAUGUGCACAAAUACACACUAGCUGAAGUAAACUCUGGCUACAGGUUCUGGUUCAUGCUGUGCUUAAUUUUUAUUCUGAAAAAUGAGAAAAACAAGCUCAUAGCUGUUUUACCCAAUUCCUGCCAAACUUACUCCUUGCUCUAUGUUGCUGUGACCCACUCUGUACUGCUGCACCACUUGUAAAAUUGUGUUGAUGAAUCCGAUGUAUAUUUUGUGUGUGAUUACAAACAUAUUCCAGUGAGUGGAUUUUUCUACUUUUACUGCUUUCCACUAGCUUGUGUUGCUUUGGAUUUGCUAACAUGAAUAAAACC